GAAAGGGUUUAGGGUUUGCCCUAAUAAAUUCCUCACUUGAGAGUUGUUAUUUUGCUUCGCAUACGCAGACCUCUCUUUGCAUUCGGCUGCCUCAUCUCAUCUCAAUCAAUCUUCAAGUUUCAAACAUCAAGAGGAAAGAUGUCAGGUGAUGAAGCACCCGCACCAGUUGUAGCUGAAGCACCUGCUCCAGCCCUUGGCGAGCCUAUGGAUAUCAUGACAGCUGUGCAGCUUGUGCUGAGAAAAUCGCUGGCUCAUGGUGGGCUUGUUCGAGGUCUUCAUGAAGCUGCAAAGGUUGUUGAGAAGCAUGCUGCCCAGCUCUGUGUCCUGGCCGAGGACUGUGACCAGCAAGACUAUGUUAAACUAGUCAAAGGUCUUUGUGCCGAGCACAAUGUAAACAUGUUGACUGUUCCCAAUGCGAAGACCCUAGGAGAGUGGGCUGGUUUGUGCAAGAUCGACUCCGAGGGCAAGGCUAGGAAGGUUGUUGGUUGCUCAUGUGUUGUUGUGAAGGAUUUUGGAGAGGAUCAUGAAGCUCUCCAUGUUGUUCAGCAGCAUGUCAAGGCCUAAUAAGUUAGCUGAAUGAGUUUGAAUUUAGUGGGAAAUGUUGGAAUAUCUUUAGGAAGCUGUUUUUGAGCUUUGUUUGUCUGAUGGAUUCUCACCUUAUUUGAUUGUUUGCCAGUUACUUUACCAUGGUUUCAAUUUUGUUCCUGAACGUUGUUUUAGUAUAUGCUACUUUUUCGAUGUUAUAAAAUGAGCUUCAUCAUGAACCAUUCCAUCUCA